GACUGACUGCUGACACCGCCAAACCCCUACGACAAACCGCGGCUCUCGGCGUCCAUCGGGCUCAAAGUGUCCGCUCUUUACCGGACGGGACGGCAGACAGGUUCCGGUCAGGCGUUCUGCUGGAGAGAGGCGUGAAGCUGCAGCGGGGUUUGAGCCACUCGACACCGGCAUGGCCCGCGACUACGAUCACCUCUUCAAGCUGCUGAUCAUCGGUGACAGCGGUGUUGGAAAGAGCAGUCUUCUUCUGCGUUUCGCCGACAACACAUUUUCAGGCAGUUACAUCACCACUAUAGGAGUCGACUUCAAGAUCCGCACUGUGGAGCUUAAUGGAGAGAAGGUGAAACUGCAGAUAUGGGACACAGCCGGACAAGAGCGAUUCCGAACGAUUACAUCUACAUAUUACAGAGGAACCCAUGGUGUGAUAGUAGUGUAUGACGUUACCAGCGCCGAGUCCUUUGUCAAUGUUAAACGAUGGCUACAUGAAAUAAACCAGAACUGUGAUGACGUCUGUCGAAUAUUAGUGGGCAAUAAAAAUGAUGAUCCAAACUCUAAGGUGGUGGAGACGAAUGAUGCACAGAAGUUUGCAGAACAGAUGGGCAUCAGUCUGUUCGAGACAAGUGCGAAAGAAAAUGUCAAUGUGGAGGAGAUGUUUAACUGCAUCACAGAGUUGGUUCUCCGGGCAAAGAAAGAGUCUGUGGCCAAACAGCAGCAGCAGCAGCAGAACGAUGUGAUUAAACUCAAGCAGAACAGCAAACGGAAGAAGAAGUGCUGCUAGUGGACGAACAGACGGCGGACUCAGUUAAGAUUUCACUCAAACACAGUGCGGACAAAAUGCAGUCCUUUCUGGGCCGAGACAAACCACAAAAAAGACUUUUUAAGAAAAGAAAAAUGUACAGAUUUUAUCAGAGUCGAGGAGUUUUAUGUGGGAUUCGUGAUAUUUAAUAAAGAUCCUCCUUCUUUAUUGAAGGACCAGCAAGC